ACCAAAAUAAUGGAGUAUAAACAAUUCAGGGGCCAUUGACGACACGCUGAAAUUUCUUUCUGUGUAUUAUAACACAGAAAAAAGCAUUUACCUAUCAAUAUAAGGACGAAUAUUAGAAAAAUAAAACAAAAAAUAGAUAAUUCAAAUACAAAGUCUCGCGGUAUGGUUAUAAUGGCUUCCACACAAGAAGAACAAGAUCGUAAAAUUGUUCUUGAAUUUAUACAUUUGUUGGAAAAGUCCAAACAACUGUUUAAUGGAUUAAGAGAUUUGCCACAAUAUGGUCAUCGCCAAUGGCAGGCAUACUUUGGACGAACAUUUGAUGUUUACACAAAACUAUGGAAGUUUCAACAACAACACCGAAUGGUUUUAGACUCUCAGUAUGGAUUAAAAAGAUGGCAAAUUGGUGAGGUCGCUAGUAAAAUAGGACAGCUUUAUUACCAUUACUAUUUAAGGACUAGUGAGACUAAUUAUUUGAAUGAGGCGUACUCUUUUUAUGCGGCUAUUCGAGGAAGAGCUUAUUACUCUAGAGCGAAUAAAGAAGAUAGACCCGAUCUUAUGGUGAAAAAAUUACGUUAUUAUGCAAGAUUUAUAGUAGUUUGUCUGCUAUUAAAAAAAAUGAAACUUGUUCGGGAACUUGUGAUGGAAUUAGAGAGACAAAUUCAAGAAUAUGUUUCAGCAUAUGAGCCCGAUGAUCAACUAGAAUGGCAAUUAGUAUUGGACGAAAUAAAGGGUUUUAUUAAAGCAGAGUCUGCUGUUGCAGUAUUACAUGCUGACAGCAAUCCUAUAGUAUUAUCACAUAGUGGUUCUGGUUCCAGGUUAAGUCCAUUAACCACCCCACCCUGUGAAAGAUCGCCACAUAUGACUCUGAGUUUACAAGAAAUAUUGAUUGUGGGCUCAGCAUGUGAUCAAGCCAAAUUUUCAGAGUUAACUAUGGACAUGUUCAGAAUGUUGCAAACUCUUGAACGUGAACCAACAGAAUCAGCACAUCCAUUAGCGCAUAUCAUUGGAGUUCAUGGAGGGCCACAUGACUCAAGUCCAGCGACUGCUCGUAUGCCUUAUAGUGUGCCCGGUUCUAAGAGCUAUUUAGAAAAUGGUGAUAGACGACACAUUCGAGACAAUCCUCACAAGUAUCUUUUGUACAAACCCACUCUCAGUCAAUUGAUGGUGUUUCUUUCGAGUGGAUUUAAAGAACUUCCGGUCGGUGGUGCGUUAUUACUUUAUAUGUCAGCGGAUGGAUGUUUCUCGACUACGAAGCAUCCACAAGACUAUGGAUAUGAACUGGGCGGACUAGCAACGAGUAUGAAAAGAGAAGCAGGAGACAGUGGUGUCAUCGUAAGGAACAAAGGAAUAGGUUUUAAAGAGCCACAUUGCCUGUAUCCUGGAGAUUUGUACCCCUAUACGAGACGGCCCCUAUUCAUUAUUAUUGAUUCAGACAACUCCUUUGUUUUUCAGCAUAUACCACGAUACUUUGGCCAGCCAUUAGUGAUAUUAAUGUCUCCGCAAGAUAUUCCACCAAAUUUUGCUGAUUUACAACAUCAUGGUUCUUUAUUCACUCUAUUUUUGCAUUCACCUCUUACGGCUCUUUGUUUCAUUUGUAAUGUGGGUGACGUUGCUAUAAAUCACUGGGAGCGGUGUCAGGGAUAUGUUGAUCGUUUUAUUACCGAGGCUUCACGAUUAUUUUCUCGUUGUCGUGUUGAUGAUAUUGAACAAGGGAGUGGAAUUAUGGAUUCUUCAUAUGUACAGUUUUUUGGUGACGAUUUUUUGCGAACACUCAUACUAAGAUUUGUGUUUUGUGAUGUUACAUUAAGAUUGCAUCGUGGAUUUAGGGGACGACAUCAAAGACCACGAUGUGAACCACCAUUACCCACACUAGAGCUACUUGAACAUCCUUCACUUGGUCAUAUUGUCUUACAAUUAGCAUCAUGUUUGGACGUUCGAGGGUGUUUUACUGAGGCAGACAUACAGGAUUGAUACUUGAAAACUAUAUAUUUUGAUGAAUUAAUAUUAUUUAUACCAGUAGUACUUGUAUCUAUCAAUUGAAUUUGUCAUAUCAAUAUAUAAAUCAUAAUAUCAUUAUUUCCUUAAAUUUUAAUAACACAAUCCACAAUAAAUAAAUUCAUAAAACAAAGUAUAAUAAUAGUAUUAGUGUUAACUAACAAUAUACCUGUUAAAAAGUACUACAUUUUUUAGUUAAAUUGUGGUCCCAAA